AUGGUCAAGCUGUUUUCGAGAAAGAUCGACCAACUGGCGGAGGGAGCAGGUGUGGGAGGGGGUGCCGACCACGAGGGAGGAGGCGAGAAGACGGGACGCGUCCUGAUUGAGUACAGCGUCGAGGAGGAGGAGGAGAUCGAGGAGGAUACAUCGAGGCAGGCUCAGCACGGGGCGAGCGGCCCGGGUGGCGAUGCGAACCAGGACGAGGACUCGAGCUCGGGAACGAGCUCCGCCUCGAGCUCGAGCGAUGAGUCGGCCGAGGACGACGGCGAGGGCGCCGGACAUAGAACGGAGCGUACGGGGGAGCACGGAGUGGCGCUCGGGGAGCGGGUGGACGAGCGAGUAGAGCUUAUCGAGCAGCAGGCGACAGGGGUAACUAAGGCUGUCGAGGAGCAGGAGGGCGGAGCAGCUGCUCGGGAGGGUGGGGUCGGAGGGCAGCGGCAGGUGGUGGGCGAGGCGGCUGCGCAGGAGGGCGGGGCAGGAGGGCAGCAGCAGGAGGGCGUGGCGGCUGCGCAGGAGGGUGGGGCAGGAGUGCAGCAGCAGGCGUUUAGGGUUGCGGCUGCGCGGGUGGGUGGGUCGGGAGGGCAGGAGCAGGAGGACUGGGAGGCUGCUGAAGAGUAUCGUCGAGGAGAUGAGCGACAGGCCAUCGUAACAAGGAGCCACCGCACGGCCAGUGGUAGCGGACAGGCGGGCCCUUCGACCUGGUGGCCUUCGACGGCAGGCCAAUCGACGGCGAACGUUGCACCGGGAGGCCAGGUCGUCGAGCUACUGCAGAGGGUCGAGAAGGUCGAGGCGUCGCAGAAGCAGCUCGUCGCCGAUGUCUUUGCGAAACACACUGAGCAAGCCGGAGUAUUCAACAGGCUUGCUGCGGAUUUUCGGACGGCGUGGAAUACGAUUUCGGAGUCGUCGAAGAGCACACUGUCGCAGUGCGCCGAGGCUGUGAAGGGUGUCAUGGCAAAAAGGAACCUGUUGAAAGGGGCGCGGGCGAAGAUCGACGAGAUGAGCGGGAAGAUCAUCGAGGGGGUGGCAGCCGCCAUCACAAAAGUGAGCGAAGACGCCGUCGAGAAGCAGCUCAAGCAGGUCGAGGAGCGGCUGGUUGCUGCGGUGCUGAAGGGUUUCGAGAAAGCCAUCAUGGAGGACAUGUUCUGCUCCACCCUCCCACACGAGACCAUGAAGGAGCUGAAGGACAUUGUGAGGGAAGGCUACCAUGAAGCCGAAGCAGGGAGGUUGGAAGUCCUCACCGAAGCGAUGGCGAGAGGUUUUCAGCGCUCGGCGGGCCCGUCGACGAGGUCGCGUCAGGAGGGUGUGGGAGGGGUUCGCAGCGGGGCUGAGCCUCGUGGUCACGAGCGGUCGGUUCCUUCGUCUUCUUCGGUGGGAGGACAUGUCGGCAGCCCGGUUGGAUCCCCACCGGCGCGUGGCCGUCAUCCCGUCGCCAUGCAUGUCGAGGAAGUCAUCGUACUCGACCAGUCGCCCCGCCCGAAGACCUCCGUAGCGGCUCCGAUCGAUCCACCUGAUGCGUUUGCUUCAAUGCGGGACAUGCUGCAAGGCCUGGGGAAAACGGGUGGGAAAGGAGUGGUCGCGGGGGAGAAAAGUGGUGCCCCGAACGAGCAUGUCGCCUCGACCGGGAACAGAGCUCUAGGAAUGCGAGGUGUCUCUACCCCGUCAGGCGGUGGUGCGGGGAAAGGAGCGGGAGAAGCAAGAGCUGGGUUGCUGUCGAAGACUAAAGCGGCAUCAGCUGCGCAAGGCGGUGGUGCUGGCCUUGCUAUCGGGCUUGUGGGAAAUUGGACGUCUUCCUCGACCCCUCCAGUUGCGCCUGUCGCCGCUGCUCCGUCCCUAGGCAACGUUUGUCUUAGCGAUCCGGGCUCCCCUUCAACGUCGAAGAAGAAGCCGGCUGCGACGAAGUCGUCGAAGCGCGCUGCACACGCGACAAAGAGCCCUGGCGUGGUGGAGCUGGCCAGCGUCCCUGGUCAGGCGACUGUCGAGAAGACCUCUAUUGUCGUUCCUGCUCGACAGGAAAAGGCGAAGAAGGCCAGGGUCACGGGUCACACCCCACCUCCUCGACCGGACGACCAAGGCAAGACGAGAGGCUGCAAACGUCCGUUCAAAGGACCGGGUUUCGGGUUGCGGAAAGGGAAGCCGGUUUCCGAGCAGACCGUCGGCGGGAGGAAGCGGUUCCUUGGCACUUUUGAAACAGAGAAAGACCAGAAGUUCUGUACGGCCGUCUGCUGGCGCGUGUACUUCCCCGACGUUGUCCUUACGGAGUACGAAUGGUACACGGCGCAGGAUGAGGAGGACUGGAAGGUCUACCUCGAUGCGGCCGCAGAAAUGCCAACCGGCGUUUGGAGCGUGGCGCAAGAACAAGGGGAAUGUCGUUUCGACGAUUACCUGUCGCUCUUGGCGACGGCAAAAAAGGAAGUGAAAGCUGGAACCGAGAGGGGAAUCGCGCUGUGCGUGGCGAUUGGUAAGGUCGCGACGCUUGGCCUGAAGCACGGGAAUCUGAUUUACCCGGUCCCGAAGGGCAUGGCGGCGACACCGCACAUGAUGGCCAUCGCAGCAACUGUGGCGAGCUUGUGGGCGGCCAGCAGGAAGUUGUCGAGGGAGGAUAUUAAGAAGGAUGCCCUAGCUGCCGCAAACGCGGCGAUCUACGCCCCGGAGACUGCAAAGAAGGCUUGUGUGGCUGCCAUGUCCGCACUCGUGUCCAUACUUUUGCACGUCGGCAAGACGUUCCCGGCGAAGCAGUGGCCCGAUCACCUGUAUUCGUCGGCUGUCGAAGGUCUCGGCUCGACGGACGCCAUACUGCUGCAGAUGCUGCGCGUGGCAGCACAGGUCUGUACGCAAUGGUGCUGCUGUCGAGCUGCUGCCCGCUUGCUGGAGGACGCGGGCUAUGGCAGCCUGGCUAUGCCAGAAGAAAAGAGCAAGGCGAAGCAGGGCGACGAGGAUGGCAAGGGGAGUAGUCUAGGCGGGCACUUUGCGUGGGGGUGUUUGCUAUUCUCGACAGUUGUGCUUGUUGUUUCCAAAGUUUAA